AAAAUUUAAUUUAUUAGAAUGUGGCGGUUUAAUUGAUGAACGUUUUAUGGGCAUGUCUGGCGAAUUGAGCAGUCCAGGGUUUGGAACAUCCUCCAAUUACAGUAAUGGUUUGGAGUGUCUUUGGUUACUUAGAGCACCUGAAUCUUACGUUGUUGAGAUAAAAUUCACAACAAUGGAUUUGGAAUAUCACAUUGAAUGUUCACUUGAUAUGUUGGAAGUUAUUUCUGGUGAACGGCAAUCUUCGGCUGUUAUUCACCGAUAUUGCAAUUCUGAAAGUAUGGGAGAAGAUCAGAAACUACCAGAACGUUUUCGAACUAUUCGUUCUGCCGGCCGUUCUUUAACACUUCGUUUUCACACUGACAGUACGAUAACCGCCCGUGGUUUUUCUCUUCAAUAUACAUUUUCCUUACCAAAUUCAAAACAAUGUGGUUUCAAUCUCCAUUCACUUGCCGGCGGAUUUAUUCAAUCCCCUGGCUAUCCAUUAAAUGAUUAUUUAAAUAAUACAAAUUGUUUGUGGGAUUUACAAGUCCCUACUGGCUAUUAUAUAUUAAUUACUUUUGAAUAUUUUGAUAUUGCACAAUCAAUUGAUUGCAAAAAUGAUUUUUUAAAAAUCUCAGAAGAGCACCAAUCACGUGCUAUAGUCCCUCUACGUUCUUAUUAUUUUUAUUUUGAUCAUGAAUCGCCUGGCCAAAAACUUUGUGGAAAUAAAUUACCUUCACCUAUUCGAACAGAAAGCAACAGAGUUAAAAUUAAUUUUACAACAGAUUCUCGUAAAACAGCAAAAGGAUUUAAAUUACGUUGGGAAGCGGUUUGUGGAGGUGCUGUAUUUCGAAAUAAUCAUGGUGUAAUAACCUCUCCAAAUUACCCAAUUAAUUAUCCAAAUAAAGCAACACAAUGUGAUUACCUUAUUGACCCAGAAGUACAGCCAGGAAUUACACAAAUUGUUACUUUAAAAGUUUUGGAUUUUGAUUUGGAUAAUACAAAUUUUGUUGAAUUUAAUAAAAAUAAUAAUCAGCGACGGUUAUGUUCUUCUGAUUAUUUGGAGAUUAAGGAUGUUGAACAAAAUGUUACUGUUCAAUUACUUUGUGGGGCUACUUUCCAAGCUGAUUCAGCGGAGGCUGUUUCCAUUAAAGGGCCAAUUGGUGUCCGUUUUGUAACAAUUCGUUCACAAUUUUCAUCAGAUUCUUCCAAAUGGAAAAAUCGUCGCGGUUUUAAAUUAUCUUAUGCAUUAGCAGAUUGUGGGGGUGAUGUAAAUUUAGUGACAGAUCAACAAUCAUUUCGAUCACAGUCAGUUUAUAUCACUUCCCCAGCUUUUCCUCUCCCCUACCAUCAUUCAUUCGAUUGUGUUUGGAAUAUAACUGCUUCUUCUGAUUAUAUAAUCUCUUAUAAAUUUACUGAUUUAAAUAUAGAAAUGGGGGUGCAGGGCGAUUGUCCCUUUGAUUCUGUUGAAGUUUUUGACGGAAAGGAAUUUAAUAAUCAAAGCAGAAAAUUAAUUAUUUGUGGGGAUAAAGCACCCGACGGUGAAAUGAAAAGUAGUGGUCCUGGAUUACUUGUUCGAUUUAGAAGUGAUCACAGUACAAGUUUUGAUGGGUUUAGAAUGGUAUUAACAGCAACAUUGGGACCUUCCAAAGGUUGUGGAGGUCCUCUUAAAGCUUUGGAGAAUGAAUGGAAGAAAUUAAACGUUCCAAUUGAUCUACAAACUGAGAAUUAUUAUCCAAAUCUUCGUUGUGAAUGGAAUAUUGAAGCUGAACGUGGAAAUCUUAUAGAAAUUCGUUUAAUUGAAUUAAAAUUAGAACAAAAACCUCCACAACAAGAACAACAAAAUUCUGUUAAUUCAACUUUAGCUAAUUAUGUUGGACUUUCUUUUUUGGAAGUUACCCCUUGUUUUGAUUAUAUAGCUAUUUAUGAUGGACCUAAAGCAACUUCCCCUCUAUUACUUCCUCCAAGUUGUAGUUUACCUUUAACUGACAAUAAUGAAUUAAAUCCAAAUUUUAUUUCAUCCCAUCGCCAAAUUGAUGUAUUUUUCUUUUCUGAUUCUAGUACAGAAUUGGCUGGAACUGGAUUUCAAGCUGAGUUUAGAGCAAUUAAAUCCGACUGUGGAGGAGCUUUUUUGGCUGGCCAAGAAUGUUGUCGCUGGUUUCUCUAUACAGAAAAACAACAACCUUUGGAAGUUAUUUUUGAAAAAUUUUCAUUUCCAUCAACCAGCGGUAAUUGUUUGGAUGAAUUUUUGGAACUUCGUGAUGUCGGGGCUUUAAGUGAAUGUCAACAUCCUGCUUGUGCUACAGAACCAUUACAAGGAAAAAAGGAAAGAACUAUACGUACAUGUGGAGAUAAUGCACCUCAAUGGUACAUUUCAAGUACUUCAGUUAUACAAUUAACUGCUUCUGUUCUUCUCCAAAGCCAAUUCUCUGCUAGUUUCCGUAUUCGUUUUCGAACUCUUUCUGCUUGCAAUCGAAGUAUUGAAAUUGAUGGGAACGUUCCCGAUGGUGUUUCAUUAGCUUCUGGACGUAUUACUUCUCCCAAUUAUCCCCAUUCCCCUUAUUUGGCUAAUUCUAGUUGCACAACAAAGUUAAUUGCAGCCGAAGAUCAUCGUUUCUUUCUCGUUUUUAAACAUUUUGAAUUAGAAAGGGGCCGUCACAGAAUGUUACCUCAAUCAAUGUUUUAUCGUUUUCGACCAAUCGGUGCUAAUUCAGAUAAUUUUAUUGGUACAGCAACGAGUGGGGCUGAUAAUUGUUUAUAUGAUUAUUUAAAUAUUUGUUGUUUAUCUUCAAAUAAUCAAUUAAAUGUAAUUAAUUUAAAAAUAAAAUUAAAAAUAAUUUUUUUAAAGACAAAUAAUUCAUUUGAAAAUACAAAAACUUUUUGUGGUUCUUGGUUACCUCCUUCACUAAUUUCUGAAAACAACAAAAUUGAACUUACUCUUACUACGGAUGCUUCUAUUAUGGGAAGUGGUUUUGAAAUUAAUUAUUAUUCUGUUAGGAUAACAACUUCAAAUAAUUUACAAAUUUAUGAAUUAUCGCCAAUACGUGAAAGAUCAGGUGCAUUAACAAGUAUUAAUUACCCAAAUAGUUAUCCACAAAAUUGUUUAUUACGUUCUACUUUAAUACCCCCAACUGGAUUUUUCUGUACUGUUCGUAUAUUAAAUGCUGAUUUUGGUAAUGAAUGUAGAGAUUCAAAACCUCCUGCCAAAUCUGCUCUUUCACCAAUAGACACAUCAACACAAAAUGUCCAAUCAAUUCCCGAUUUUAAUACGCUCAAUUGGCAACCUUGGCCUUGCUCUGUUGACUCAGAAUCUCCCCAUAAAAUAUUAAUUCCACCAGGGAAUCGUUUAUUUAUUGAAUUUCGAUCAGAUUCCAAUUUAAAUAAUGAUGGAAAUGGAUUUAGAUUAGAAUGGGAUUGUGAAGAUAUUAAUGCUAUUUAUUUAUAA